AUGGACAGAGACCGAGGCUUUAACUUCAAACUGUUGGUACCUCCCCGGGUGAAUAACAUGAAUACCGCACAGGUAUCUGCUGUUCGACCUCAGGAAGUCGUUGAAAAAAGUGGUGAUUUCACCAAUACUUCGCAACAGGUUUGCAGUAAAUAUUUUGAGAAAGAGCAGAGCAUGCCAUUACCCAAGACAAAUGUGGUGACACUAACCAAACCAACCAGACAAGACAAUACCAAGGUGAAAGUCGUGCCACCAAUGGAAAAAGGCAAGAGUAAUUGCAAUCCUGGACAGCUUUAUUCUGUGCUGUUUGAUGAAGUGGACAAAAUUAAGAGCUGGAAGGUCAAGGUAGACUCCGACACUGUGCAAAAGGAAAGGAAACUCCAAGACAACAAAAGAACAAUUGAAACUCAGCGCAAAGUCAUUCAGGAACUGCAGUUUGGACAUGAAAGUCUCAGCGUAAAACUGGAGGAACAGAUCAGUGAAAAUGAGGAUUUGAGGAAGAAAAACUGCGCAACAAGGAACUUGUGUAAUGUACUGAAAGAUACUCUGCAACACUCAGCUGAGAGAGUGCAUCUAUUUGAAUCUGAAAGAGAAGAAACACAUGGUCUCUUUAUGGAAAACAGUCGAAGUAUUCAGAAACUGAUAGAAGCAUUUGAAACCCUUCGCAUUCAAGCAGAAGCUGAUCAGCAAGAGAUGCGGAAAGCCAAAGAGGGCUUGCUGCAAUUUGAUGAUCUCAAAGAGAAAUAUCAUCAAGGAUAUAAUAUGAAGGAGAAAGAGGUUGCAGAACUUCAAACGAAAAUUAAGGAUAAGGAAAACGAGCUACAAACACUCCUGCUUGACCUCCAUGAAACCCAGGAGCACUGCAAACAACUUCAGGAUGCAACAAGUGAACAGAAUGAACUUCUCAGAAGCUCAAAAAACGCUCAGGAAUCCCUCCUUCAAAAACUGCAAACCACAGAGCAGCGCUGUAAAGAAACUGAGAAAAAUCAUGAAGCUACUGCUGCAAUGCUGGAACAAAGUAAAGAAGAAUAUGCAGAGAUGAUUCGAAACAAAGACUUACGCCUGCAGGAGCUCAGCAGAGUUAAAAAUCAACAAGCAGAGAAGCUGGAGCAGAUUCAGACAACCAUUCAGGAGCUACAGGAUUCACUAGCCGUAGAAAUACAGAGGGCCAAGGAGCUUGAGGAUAAACUCGAGGCGAACAACGAGGAACUUGAAAGGAGAAACACACUUUUGGGAGAGAGCAUGGAGCAGAGUGCAAAGAGGGAUGGGCAGAUCAAAAUCCUUGAAGAUGAAUUGGACAAAAAAUCUCAGUCCAUUGAGUCCAUGAAGGUUAAGAUAGACGUCACUGAAGUCAGAGUGGAGGAACUCACAGCUGAGCUUUCAAGGAAAACCGAAGAAGCCCAGCUAUUUAAGGAUGAAGCAGAGGCUGCCUUUGUGGAAAAUGACCGACUGAAAAAGGCUUGUGAAGCUGCUGAAAAGGCACAAGAAGAUUUAAAGGAGAAGUCCACAGUGAUCGAGAUCAGAGUGCAGCAGCUGGAGGGUCAACUGUCUACUGAAGUGAAGAAAAAUGAAGAAAACACCCUUCAGAUGGAACAACUGAGAAAAGACAUCUCACAGCAUAAAGUACAGUACAAAGAGCUAUUAUCCAACUUUAAUGAGCUGCAGUCUGAGAAGACAGCCAUUCAGCAGCAGUUUGAGAGCGGAUCCUCCAAUAUAAAAGCCAUUGAGGCAAAUAUGAAGGUGAGUGAGGAGAAGGCUGUGAAGCUCUCAAGAGAAAUUCAAGGACUGGAAGAAGAAAACCUCAGUUUACGAGAGGAAGUAAACACCAUUAAAAGCAAAACCCAGGGGAAAUAUCAGGAAACUGAGACUCUGCAGAAGAAAAUUGAAGGAACUUGUAAAGAGCUGCAGGAGAAAAUUACAGAAAAAGAAAACUGGAUCAAAUCCAUGGAAACAAAGCUGUGCAACCUCAGGAAGAAAUUUGAAGGAAAACUUAAAGCCCAGGAGGAAUACCUGAAAGAGAAUAAAAUGCUUAAGAAACAAAUGGCAAAGGGGACUGCAAAAUCCAGUCAACUUGAAACUGUGAUCCACAGUCUUCAGGAGGAGUUACAGAACCUUGAAAGACUGAAUGAAGAUGACCGUCAGAAAUUGCUUCAGGAUCUUGAGUCCAAAUCAACCUUUGCAGCAGAGCUUGAGAAUGAGGUACAGACGCUCAGAUCAACAGCAGCGGAGGCCAUCAAGAACAAGGAGGACACAGAACUCAAGUGUCAACAUAAGAUAGCAGAUAUGGUGGCACUGAUGGAGAAACAUAAGGGCCAGUAUGACCGGAUGGUUGAAGAAAAGGACGCAGAGCUUGAUGAGAUCAAGAAGAAAGAGAUGGAGGCUGUUGCCCAUAGGAAAUCACUGGAGUUGGCUCUCACCAAGCAGAAGACAGAUAAUGAUCAGCUGAAGCAACAGCUAAAGACAGAACUGGUAGAAAAGGAUAACAUGCAGAAGGAGCUGACUGAGCUGAAGAAAGAAAUGCCAUCAGUGAAAAUAAAUCAGCUCUCAGAAGCAAGAAACAAGCAGUCACCCACCUCAAACGAGAACCAAGGGAGAUUUUCAGAGACUCCAAAAGAGAGGUCAUCGAAGAGACACAUAUUUCACUUUUCCAAGGCCAUGACAGUGUCCUCCCAUAGCAAAGAUGAUGGAAGUGCUGCAGUUAUGAAGAAAGCUGAGGAUGGAGAAUGGAUUCAGGACACUGAAUCUAUCACAACAUCACGUGGAACAACAGCAAAGACCAAUGAAAUUCACAAUGAAGAACUGAAAACCCCAAGACAUGUCACAAACAGGGUUGGCAGAACCUCACAGAUCAAAUCCUACAGAAUAAGGACACCUCCUGCUGCUGAAAAGGCAGCGCAGUGGAAGAAGAGCACAAUAGAGCUUGACCCCAAGUCUGACAGCUCUGAUCAAAAUGAUCUCUUGACCUUUGCAAGUACGCCGGCACCUAAUUCUUCCACUUCACACUACAAACUCAACAUCUACAAAAAGAUCAAGAGCCCUGUCACUCAUAAAUCACCAGGGAACUCCUUAAAGUUAGCUGCAGUGAAAAGGAUGAGAGAUGCUGGUUGGACUGCUGUUACCGGCUGUGACAAAAAAAAGAAGACUACCAGUGAGAAAAUCUUUGGAUAA